UUCCUGUAUGUCUAAUUGUCUACAACUACAUUGUCUACAGUACGUGAUAUUUGUGGGAUUAGGAUUACUGGGAUUUGCGUGAAUAGUGAUAUUGAUAUUUUUGCGAAACAUGGUUCGUUCGUGCUUUUUGUGUAAGUGGAGAAAUGAUAAACUUCCUCGGAGAUCCCUACACAGAUUUCCAUUGAAUAAGAAUUUCAGACAGAAAUGGUUGGAUAUUUUGGGAAAGAGCAAUGUGUCCAUUGGAAAACACACAUCAUUAUGUUCUAUACACUUUGAGGAAGACUGUUUUCGUUAUGGACUAAUUUGUGGAACAAAAAUAUUGAAGGAUGGUAGUUUGCCAACGCUAUAUUUACCAAAUAGUAAUUCAGAAAAUUUAGCCAUUGAUUUUGAUGAAUUGAAACCACCUGAAACUAUGAUGGAAAAUACUUGCAACAUGCGACAUCCAAUAUCAAAGGAAGUGAAGAUGAAAGAUUCAACUUCUGACUUGAAUAAUGCAGAUAAGCUAGUGAACACUUCAACAGUAAAAUCGUCCAAAAAACGGCUCAGGAUCUCAAUUAAUGAACAGUUUCAGAAAAAGGAAAUUUUACGUUUGAAGAAGAAAAUUUCUACAUUACAACGUUCAGUCAAACGUCUACGUAAUUCCAAAUCCAUAAUGAAGUCACAAUUAAAAGAAUUGAAAAAGAAUGCCAAUAAGUCUGAAGCUAAGAACAAGUUGCAUGUAAGUAUGUUGCUUGGAAGGAAAUAUUUCAAUAUUUUGUAUACACCAAAGGCAGGGUUUUCUCUGCUUAGGAUUUUUCCCUGAGCUCUUGUAUCAUAGGCAAAACAGUAUGGUACCCCGUUGCACCAACACAGCUUACUUCAUUUUGUGUGUUUUUGUGUCCUAUUAUUAUGUGAAAAAAACUUUUUUCUUCAGAAUAUUUUUAAUAAUUAAACAUAGUGACCAUCUUAUGCUGACAUAUAUUUAUUUUCUCAAAUUGAUAAUUUUCAAACUAUUUGAAAAAUGUUUGAAUUUGAAUAAUUAUUGUUCAAAAGAAUCAACAAACCAAGGAAUGAACUUCAAUUGUCAUUUCUUCAAUUACAGGUAUGAAUUUGUUCAUAUUUAAGAUGCUUAGUAAAAAUGAAACCUUGAUUACAGAGCAACAACUUUGAGUUUAUUUUGUUGUUCCAAACAGAAAUUCCACAACAUUAUAUAUAUAUAUAUAUA